AUGGCUCUAGACAGCAGACGGAAGGAGCUGCUGUUGAAAACGCUGAUGGAUCUGGGGGAGGACGAAUUCGAGUGCUUCAAGUUCUACACGGACCUGCCUAAAAGCCUGCGUGAAAACACCCGCCGUGUGUACAUUGCUGACCAGCUGGUGAUGAAGCACGGCGAUAACACUCUGCAUGAGACCGUCAAGAUUCUGGAGAAGAUCGGGAACAACAAUUUGGCCCAGGACCUGCGCAGCGACAUGCUGAAAAUAAAAGGCGCCGACUUCUCCGUCAACGAUGACGAUCAGAUUGCCAGAUUGAAGAGGGAGCUCCAAGACAACCUGCGGCGUUUAUACAGCUUUGCUUCCGAGGGCACCACCCAGCGCUGGCAGCAGCAGCCUCUGGCGGAAGUCUACACAGAGCUGGACGUCACCUCCGGGGCAGACGUCAGCCCAGACGGGCGGCACGAGGUCCUUCAAGUGGAGACGUGUGCCGCCGAGGCCAAGGUGUCUAUCCUGCCGUGCGACAUCUUCAAAAACCAUGACGGGAAGGCUCGCCCGAUACGCACGCUGCUCACCUUUGGCUUCGCGGGAAUUGGGAAAACCUUCCUGAUUCAAAAGUUUGUGUCGGACUGGGCCAAUGGUAGUACUAACCAGGAUGUGGACUUCAUAUUUCCUUUCACCUUCAGCGAGUUAAACAUGGAGAAAGGGGAGAGCUUUACGUUGGCUAAGCUGAUCCAAACUUUUGUCUGCGGAGACAGGCACAUGAGCGAGACACUGAACAAUAUAUUUGUCAACCUGCAAACUUCUGGGAAGCGGGACUUUGAAAGCAGCCGAAUCAAGAUCUUGUUUAUCCUCGACGGACUGGAUGAGUGCAACUUCAAAAUUGACUUGAAGAAAGUGAGGAAAGUGGACAUGGACGUGAGGGAAAGCUACCCGCUGGAGGUACUGCUGGCAUAUCUCAUCAAAGGGAACUUGCUUCCCUGCGCCCGGGUUUGGAUUACAACGCGGCCCGGGGCAGCCCACGAUAUCCCUUCCGACCUCAUAGACAGCCGAACAGAGGUUAGAGGAUUCAGCGAUUCCCGGAAGUUGGAGUACUUCAGGAAAAGGUUCCCAAAUGAGGAGCGCGUCAUUGAGCACAUUUGGAAAUCUCCCACCAUCGUCAUCAUGUGCCACAUUCCCAUCUUCUGCUGGCUCACCGCCAUAGUUCUUAAGGGUACUUUGGCCAAAGGGAAGAAGGGAGAGCUUCCCACAACGCUGACUUACAUGUACUCAGCGCUUAUAGGUCACCUCCUAGAAAACUCCAAGGAGACAAAUACAACGGAGUACGUUUGUGGCGUGAAAGCGCUAGCAAAGCUGGCCUUUGACCACACCAUGAAUCAGCGUCAGAUCUUCUAUGAAAAGGACCUAGAGGACAGCGGUUUUGAUUACAGCCAAGCCGCUAAAUACUCCGGUUUGUUCACCGAGGUGUUAAGGGAGGUCCAUCCGCUCAGAAGCAACAAAAAAAAGAUGUUUCAGUUUAUCCACCUGACCAUCCAGGAGUAUCUGGCCGCACUGUACGUGAUGAUGAGCCUCUUCCACGACAACAAGAACGUACUGAAUGAUUCCGAAUGGAAAAAAAUAAACCAGAAGGCAAUCACUGAGGUCCAGCAGUCGGCUCUGGAGAAAGCCUCAGAGAGUGAAGGAAACCUGGACAUGUUCCUCCGCUUCCUCCUUGGCCUUUCCUUACCGUGCAACCAGGAACUAGUGGGGGAACUGCUGAAGGCUCCUCAGGACUGCGGGCAAAGCAAGUCAAAGACAGUCGAUUUGAUCACGGAAAGGAUCGAACAGAACACUCCAGAGAAGAAUGUCAACUUAUUCUACUGCCUAAACGAGCUGAAGGACGACUCCUUGCUGAAGCGGAUCCAGAAGGAACUCGAUUCAGGACGACGUCUGUCCUGGUAUCAAAUGUCAAAUGACAUGUGGUCGGCCCUGGCCUUUUUCUUACUUACAGACGACGAAACCAGGAAGUCCUUUCAUCUUUCCAGCUACUCUCCAGGGCCUUCGGGGCUCGAGAAGCUGCUGUUGGUUGUCAAGGCUUCUCAAAAAUCAGAUCUAAGUUUAUGUAACCUAGACAAAGGCAGCUGUCAUCUGCUGGCUUCCGUUCUCAGUUCUCCAUCCAACCUGAGGCAUCUGAAUCUGGGCUUGAACCAUCUGUCGGACGAGGGGGUGGAGAUCCUCUCGAAAGGACUGGCCAGCCAACACUGCAACUUAGAAGUCCUCAACCUGUCCGACUGUGGGAUCACCAAGCUGGACCUGAGCUGGAACAAACUGUCGUAUGAAGGGGUUGAGAUCCUCUCGGAAGGACUGGACAGCCCACUCUACAUCUUAAAAGUCCUCAGUCUAUUUGAUUGUGACCUGGACAUUGGCAGCUGUCACUUGUUGGCUACUGUUCUCAGUUCUCCAUCCAACCUGAGGCAUCUGGACCUGUACUCCAAUGAUCUAUCGGACAAGGGGGUGGAGAUCCUCUCGAAAGGACUGGCCAGCCAACACUGCAACUUAGAAGUCCUCAAGCUGUCGCUCACUCUCACGUCACAUGACCAACAUGACAUUACCAGCCUCCCUUCUGCCUGGGCUACCGGCCGCGGGAGUGGGGGGAGGUCAGGGCUCCAAUCUCGCAUCGCCCCGUGGCGGCUGCUCUGCAUCCUCCUGCUUCCGCCUUCCCCUCUCUUCUCUGACUGGGUUUCCGCCCUGUGCUCCAUCACGGAGCUGGACCUGAGAACGAACCAGCUGUCUGACAAGGGGGUCGAGAUCCUAUCGAAAGGACUGGCCAGCAAACACUGCAUCUUAAAAGUCCUCAAGCUGUCCGACUGCGGGAUCACCAGUAAAGGAUGUGUUUCAUUGGCUGAGGCUCUCAAGUUAACCUCCUCCCAUCUUCAAGAGCUGUCCCUGAGCAAGAACGAGCUGUCUGACGAGGGGGUCGAGAUCCUAUCGAAAGGACUGGCCAGCAAACACUGCAUCUUAAAAGUCCUCAAGCUGUCCGACUGCGGGAUCACCAGUAAAGGAUGUGUUUCAUUGGCUGAGGCUCUCAAGUUGAACCCCUCCCAUCUUCAGGACCUGUACCUUUCCAAGAACAAUCUAUCGGACGAGGGGGUUGAGAUCCUCUCGAAAGGACUGGCCAGCCCACACUGCAUCUUAAAAGUUCUGAAGCUGUCAGAGUGCGAGAUCACGAAGAAAGGAUGUGCUUCAUUGGCCGAGGCUCUCAAGUUAAACCCCUCCCAUCUUCAAGAGUUAUUUCUCAUCAACUAUCAAAUAGAGGAAGAAGACGAGAGGGUCUUAUUGAAGAUCAAGAAGGAUCCCAACUAUAGCCUGAAGACUGUCAAAUUUAACAAAUGGGAAUAA